UUAGUCCUAUCUGGAGAUAUUGCUCUAAACCCAGGCCCAGUAAAAUUUCCAUGUGGAAAAUGUGCCAAACCUGUUGCCAAGAACCAUCGAGCUAUUUAUUGCGAGGCAUGUUAUUACUGGUGGCAUAUCAAAUGUGCAGGGAUGUCUUCGGAAAAGUAUAAAAGUCUGUCAAACAGCGAGGAACCAUGGUUAUGUGAUCAAUGUCUACUUUUUCAUUUUACUGACUCUUAUUUCGAAGAAAGUGAAAGCAACCUAUCAACCCAAAGUUUGGAAAAGGAAGAAAACACACAUUCUAUUUUUGAAGAACUAAGAUCUACAAGAUCAAAACAUAUAAAUAAAUUUAUCACAGCUCAUCUAAAUAUAAACAGUAUAAGAAAUAAAUUCUGUGAAAUUCAUGAACUACUGUUGGAUAAAAUAGUUGACUUAUUAUUUAUUUCUGAAACAAAAUUAGAUUCAACAUUUCGUGAUGGCUUAUUUGAUAUUCCAGGCUAUAAACUCCAAAGAAGGGAUCGUACAUCUUCUGGCGGUGGUAUUGCUGCAUUUAUACGAAGUGACAUUCCAGCAAGACGAAGAAAGGAUCUUGAACAUGAACUAAUCGAAAGUAUAUAUUUUGAGAUCCCACAAGUAAGAACUACAACUACAGGUAAAAAAUCUUUCAGGUAUGCUGCACCUGCUUUAUGGAAUACUCUACCCCGAAAAAUUUUAGAAAAUGUUCAAAUUUUGCUCAGUUUAAAAAGUUCAUUUCAUCCUGGAAUGGUAAAACAGUGUAAAUGUAUUGCUUGCAGCUAACU